AUGUCCCUCUUCGCCAAGCAGACCGUCCUCAUGGCCCGCCAGGGUGUCCGUCAGGCCCAGCCCGUCCUUCGACGCAACCUUCACAUUGAGAACACCGUCGAGAACGCUCUUCCCUUCCCCACUGGCAAGAAGCACAAGAUCGGCGUCGCCCUCGGCGUCAGCGGUGUCCUCUCGUUCGGCUUUGCCCUUCCCUUCCUCGCCGCCAAGUUCCAGCUUGUCAAGGCCACGUGGUAA